AUGGCUGAGCAGCGGGCACCCCCGGGGGCGGCCGGGCACGGCCGGGAAGUUCGCGGCGGGGGGACGGCGGCGGGCGGCAGGAAGAGGAGCAGCGGCAGCCGCCCCAGCUGGUGUCUCCGGCUCCUGCUGCUGCUGUGGGCGGAGGCUCCAGUGCUGCCUGCCCGGGGCCAGCCCCAGCAGUACAACGGCGAGCGGGGCAUCUCCAUCCCGGACCACGGCUACUGCCAGCCCAUCUCCAUCCCGCUGUGCACGGACAUCGCCUACAACCAGACCAUCAUGCCCAACCUGCUGGGCCACACCAACCAGGAGGACGCGGGGCUGGAGGUGCACCAGUUCUACCCGCUCGUCAAGGUGCAGUGCUCGGCCGAGCUCAAGUUCUUCCUGUGCUCCAUGUACGCGCCCGUGUGCACGGUGCUGGAGCAGGCGCUGCCGCCCUGCCGCUCCCUGUGCGAGCGGGCGCGCCUGGGCUGCGAGGCGCUCAUGAACAAGUUCGGCUUCCAGUGGCCCGACACGCUGCGCUGCGAGAAGUUCCCGGUGCACGGCGCGGGCGAGCUGUGCGUGGGGCAGAACACGUCCGAGCGCGGCACCCCCACGCCCUCGCUGCUGCCCGAGCUCUGGACCAGCAACCCCCAGCAGCGCGGCGCGGGGCCGGCGGGCGGCGAGCGGGGCGGCCGCUUCGCCUGCCCGCGGGCGCUCAAGGUGCCCUCCUACCUGAACUACCGCUUCCUCGGGGAGAAGGACUGCGGCGCCCCCUGCGAGCCCGGCCGCCUCUACGGGCUCAUGUACUUCGGGCCGGAGGAGCUGCGCUUCUCCCGCACCUGGAUCGGCAUCUGGUCGGUGCUGUGCUGCGCCUCCACUCUCUUCACCGUGCUCACCUACCUGGUGGACAUGAAGCGCUUCAGUUACCCGGAGCGGCCCAUCAUCUUCCUGUCGGGCUGCUACACCGCCGUGGCCGUGGCCUACAUCGCCGGCUUCCUGCUGGAGGAGCGGGUGGUCUGCAACGAGCGCUUCGCGGAGGACGGCGCCCGCACGGUGGCGCAGGGCACCAAGCGGGAGGGCUGCACCAUCCUCUUCAUGAUGCUCUACUUCUUCGGUAUGGCCAGCUCCAUUUGGUGGGUCAUCCUCUCCCUCACGUGGUUCCUAGCCGCGGGCAUGAAGUGGGGCCAUGAGGCCAUCGAGGCCAACUCGCAGUACUUCCACCUGGCCGCCUGGGCUGUGCCUGCCAUCAAGACCAUCACCAUCCUGGCCCUGGGGCAGGUAGACGGCGACGUGCUCAGUGGCGUCUGCUUCGUGGGCAUCAACAAUGUGGAUGCCCUACGGGGCUUUGUGCUGGCCCCCUUGUUCGUGUACCUGUUCAUCGGCACUUCCUUCCUGCUGGCCGGCUUCGUCUCCCUCUUCAGGAUCAGGACCAUCAUGAAGCACGACGGCACCAAGACAGAGAAGCUGGAGAAGCUGAUGGUGAGGAUAGGGGUCUUCAGUGUCCUCUACACUGUGCCUGCCACCAUAGUCAUUGCCUGCUAUUUUUAUGAGCAAGCCUUUAGGGAACAGUGGGAAAGGAGCUGGGUCGCCCAGAGCUGUAAGAGCUAUGCCAUCCCCUGCCCCAAUAACCACAGCAGCCACCACCAUCCACCCAUGAGCCCUGACUUCACUGUCUUCAUGAUCAAAUAUCUGAUGACCUUAAUCGUGGGCAUCACCUCAGGCUUCUGGAUCUGGUCGGGGAAAACACUCAAUUCCUGGAGGAAGUUCUAUACCAGGCUUACCAACAGCAAGCAAGGGGAAACCACAGUGUGAAACCCAACCCAGCCAGGCCAAGGGACACCCACCAUCCCAACCAGAGAGGGCGGGUGAGGGACCAAACUCCCCUAUGUGCCCACAAUCCCGAUCGGUGGGGGGGGGGGGGGAGAGGCUGCUGCACAUCCACUCUUGGCAAACUUUCCAGACUGCUAGCCAUUUCUCCAGCCUGCAGGGAAGUGAGAGAAAUGAGGCAGGUGGGGAAACUCCUGAGAUGGGACUGUGUUUGUCUCCUGUGGGGAGUGAACAUUAUGUGUGGCUGGGGGAGAGGGUUGUAAAUAGCCUCUGUAAGAUUUUGUAAGUAUAUUUGUAUUUGUAAAUUACAAAGAUCUCUCACCUUUUUUAUUUUUAGGACAUUUUAACUCAUUUGCAGAUUUUCCCCACUGUUUUUAACAGGCAUUGGAUUUUAUUUUUCAUUUUAGUACAGGAUGGGAAAAUAAAAGCAACCAAAACAAACCACUCCUUUCAUCCCAGCACAGGUUUUGUAAUGGUUUUGCUUGGAGUUCAGUUGCAUGAACAGCAUGGCCUGGACUGAGGCUGCUGUAAUGCCGUAAGGUUCCUCCUGACAGAGGCUGGGUCCUGAUCCCAGCAAGCCUACAAGAUAGGUGGGAAUGGGGAGGGGCACAGACACCUGACUUGAUCCCUGCCCCAUAUACCUGAUGCAUAAUAGGGGAGUCUUGCUGUCUGCAUCCUGAGGGGAUGGAGGAGCUGGCAGCGUUACCUCACUUCUGUGCGCUCCUCCAUGGAUGGUGGAGGGGAAGAUGGUCUGACCACUGCUGCUCAAUACCAGACAUGUCUAGUCCGUGCCAUAUAUAGCCAGGGAGAUCUUAUUCCUGCUACCUAACCUUUGAGGGAACAAUCUCCUUAGCCCUGCCCAGAGGUGCCUGAUCAGGGCAGAGUAGCAGACUAAACCUUUCUGUCAACACUUAGCAUUAGGUGGGGGGACUGGCUGCCUUCUGCUUUUUUAUCUUAAUUAAAUUGUACUAUGUGUUUGUUUUUUCAGUGGUCAGGAGUGGAGGUCUAAUACCAGCUGCACCUGUAGUAUGUCUGAUGGCUUAAGAGAGAUAAGAGGGCAUAGAUAGCAACCUUUAUUUUUAACCUGUAUAAUAAACAAUUCUUUUUUUAAUGCAAACCCAAGAGGUGAUUGAUCUGGCUAAUCUUUCAUCAGAAAUAGGGUUAUUGGCUGUUGCUGUCCCAAAAGUUUCACAGUGUAUGGAGGGAAGAAAGACUGAGGAUAGUUAUAAAUGUUAAUUGUUAUGUGCUCAGUUUCUUGUCUAUCUGCUUCCUUGAUGGCUCAGCUUGUUUGUGGUAUAACAUUGUUUCUUCUGACAAUGAAACUGUUGAGGGAGAACUACCUGGAUGGUUGUGUUGAGGUACUUCAUAUUUACUUAGAUUAACAGACUGCUCAAUAUAAACAGGUCAAAAAUAUGAGCUCAGUAAAAAGAGAUUAAUUGGAAUGACAUGCUGUAUUCAGCUUUUUUAUUAAAUCUAUAAGUUGACUUUUCAGUUUGGAAAUAUUUAAAACAUUAAAAUGCUCCUGCAUUAAAAUGCUCCAUUAUGUACACAUUGUGAGGGCGGGAUGAUUUAUCCCACUAUUAAAAAAACAACAAGAAACAAAAUACUUAAUGUGCUGACCUAUGAGACCUUAAGGAAAUUCUGAUGUCCUUUCUAGUACCAUAAUUACAUUGCAUACUGUGAAGCAUGUGUGCAAUAUGUCUAUCUUUAAAAAAUGUAUGGUCCUGUGUUUUUUUUAAAAGAGGUUUUAAACAAGACACAUCAAAUGUGACUCCUCACAGAUGCAUUUUAAUAUUUAAUCCUCUGUAUGAAAAACAGCAGAAUGCUUCUCUCUCCUGAUUGUAUUUUUUUAAAGUUUUUAUAUAACAAAUGUCUGUAUUUAGGUUCAUAAAUAUUAUUUCUGGCUACCAUACCCUGAAAUGCAAUGGUAUUGGAAUUUGGUAUUCAUUUAUUUCUUCCAUUAUCACAAGAUCAUCUAUAUUUAUAGAGGAAUAGAAAUUUAUAUAUAUUAAAUACCAUAUUUUUAAUUUCUCUUAAAUAAAGUGAGGUUUUGUACAAAAUGAAUUUGUCGUUUUACAUAUGUCUCACAGUAAUUCAAUAUAUACGUAUUCAUUAUUUUCAUAUAUUACAAGGUGUGGGUGAUUUUUGUUUGUUUUUUAACUGCAUUCACAGUACAAGCUAGAAUUCAGUAUAGGAAUGCAUUAUAUAGCUUGUUUUUUAUGUCUAGGCCAGUUCAGAUUAAUCCCUCGAAAGAACUAAUGUAUACUGUUCAAGAUCCUUGAUAGGAUAUGGUUGAUGGUGUGAAAUCCAAGAAGAGAUCUGUUAUAUGGCAGGAGAAGAAAGAAGCUUGCAGAUUUUUUUUUUUUUUUUUGGGCAAAGGAGAGGUUAAGUUGGAAAAACUCUUCUACAUUUGCUAUUAAAAAAUUUGCCAGUUUCUCACUGCCAGAAUCACAUUCAAGCUAUGUUUCUAAAUAUAAACAAUUGUCUUCCUCAGAAUAUUUUAGUAUGCAGCCUUUUUUGUUUUCUUGGAAUCUUGACUAUAUAGUUAAAACAGAGUUGUAAAAUAUGUACAUGAAAAUAUUUCCAUUAGGGUUUUUGAAGAAUUACAUACAUUCUAAGCUUUUUCCCAAAACAUUUUUGUUAUCUUCCGAAGUGCCUUUUUAGAGGUUUGGUUUUGGUAGGCAUACUUGGAUAAUUGAGAUUUUUGUUUCUGAUGCUUUCCACUGUCAUAAGGUAGUACUGUGUUUCAUUAUACGGUAUUGUAGGGGAUAGAAAUUGUUUAUAAAAAGCCCAGGCAAAAAUUAACAUGCAGUAUGAAGAAAGCAAGACUUAAAAAUUAGAGGCAAAAAUCUGUCCUCAAAGACAUGAGAGCAGAAUUUAACCAUAGGGCUUUUAAUUUUAGCAUAAAUGUACUGUCCAUUUUCUUAAAUAUUGUCUUUUUUAAAUAAAUUCUCUGUUCUAAAGCACAAACCAUUCAACUUCAUUUGAAGUGCAAGUCCUUUAUGGUCGGGUGAAUAAUUAGAACAUUAGAGACAUUUUGACCAGUUACCUUGAAACUGAAUAUUUGUUUAUUCAUUUAUGCAUUGCAGAAAGUAUGUUAGGGUUAUAACAAUUUUUGUAUUUAAUAAUGGAAAUGUAGUUUCUAUACAAAGUAACAUUUUGCUAGUCUACACAUUUGUGGUCUGCACACUUUAUAAUUUGUACUUCUAAGAUUUAAAUGUAGGGUGUUUCACAUUGCUCAAUCUUCAUUAUUUUUGCAGACUAGAUUACAGUAUAUCAUACAAUUAA